AUGUCUGUCAGAGAUAAUGCUAGAUUCGACUUUAUUAUCGUUGGUGGUGGUACUGCAGGCAACGUUGUUGCCGGCCGCCUAGCUGAGAACCCCAACGCUAAGAUCUUGGUCGUUGAAGCUGGAGCUGGCAAUUCGCAAGACAUCGAAGAGAUCAGAACCCCUUCGGAAGCUAUGCAGCUUCGUGACAGCCAGUAUGAUUGGGCCUACAAGUCAACAAUGGUCAAGCGAGACGACUAUGAGCGGAUUGAAAAGCCCAAUACCCGUGGCAAAGCCCUUGGUGGCAGUUCGUCCUUGAACUAUUUCACCUGGGUUCCUGGAUCAAAGGGUACCUUUGAUAUGUGGGAGGAGUACGGUGGAAAGGAAUGGACUUGGGACCCUCUCGUUCCCUACCUGCGAAAAAGUGCGACCUACCAUGAUGAUGAGAAGGCAUAUCCACCAGAACUGAAAAAAAUCGGCCAAAGCGGCCCGAUCCCGAUUUCGCACUCCGAACUUAUUCCCGAGAUGCAACCUUUCCGCGACCUCCUCACCAAAGCGUGGAAAUCCACUGGUCAGCCAAUCAACGAGAACAUUUUCGACGGUCAUAUGGUUGGCCUAACCCACAGUGUCAACUCGAUUUAUCAGGGUCGCCGCUCUGGUAGUUUCCUCUAUGUCACCGACAAACCAAACAUCACCAUACUUCCUGAGGCGCACUCGAAGAAGCUUAUCGUCGAUAAUGCUGAUAAGACCUGUAAGGGUGUGACUGUCAUCACGGCUUCUGGGCAGGAGCUAAAUCUCUAUGCCACCCGUGAAGUCAUCGUCUCCGAAGGUGUCUUCGAGUCCCCUAAGCUGUUGAUGCUCAGUGGUAUCGGGCCUAGCGCAGAGCUUAAGAAGCACAACAUCCCAGUCGUUGUCGACAACGCCCACGUUGGUCAGCAUCUGCUAGACCACCCCGGUGUUCCUUUUGUCCUUCGUGUCAAGGAUGGCUUUGGUAUGGAAGACUAUGUCCUCCGUAAGGGAACCCCACAAAACAAUCAGGCCAUCCAAGCCUACCAGAACAACCACGGCGGUCCAUUGGGCUCUGGCUUCCUUGAGAUGGUCGGAUUCCCCCGAAUCGACAAGUACUUGGAAAAAGACCCUCAGUACAGCCAGGCCAAGGCCUCGAAUGACAACAAGGACCCAUUCUGUCCGUACGGCCAGCCUCACUUCGAGCUUGACUUCGUUUGUCUGUUCGGUAGCGCGUUCCAGUGGCACUACCCUAUGCCACGUAAGGGCAACUACAUCACGGUUAUGGUCGAUCUUGUUCGCCCUGUCUCCGACCCCGGUGAGGUCACCCUCAACAGCGCCGACCCGCUGCAGCAACCUAACAUCAACCUAAACUACUUUAACAACGACCUCGACAUCAUCGCUCUCCGUGAAGGUAUCAGGUUUUCCUAUGAUGUCCUGAAGAAUGGAGAGGGCUUCAAGGAUAUCAUUGAGGAUGAGUAUCCCUGGGAGAUGCCGCUGCACGACGACGACCUUAUGAAGAGGGCCGUCCUAGACCGCUCCCAGACAUCUUUCCACCCUUGUGGUACUGCCCGUCUGUCUAAGGAUAUCAAGCAGGGCGUGGUUGACCCCAGCCUCAAGGUCCAUGGCGUUAAAAACCUCCGUGUGAUUGACGCAUCCGUCAUUCCUGUCAUUCCCGAUUGUCGAAUCCAGAACUCUGUGUACAUGGUUGGUGAAAAGGGUGCCGAUGCCAUCAAGCGUGACCACGCAGACUUCUAUAAAUAA